CUGCUCCACACAGAUCAUGAGCUGUCAGUAGAGAAGGGACAGUCAGCGCUCGUCACCCACCACGACCACUCGCCAUGGGACAGUGUCGCUCAGCCAACGCAGAGGACGCCCAGGAAUUUAGCGACGUGGAGAGGGCCAUCGAGACCCUCAUCAAGAACUUCCACCAGUACUCGGUGGAGGGUGGGAAGCAGACGCUGACCUCCACUGAGCUCCGGGACCUGGUCACUCAGCAGCUGCCCCACCUCAUGCCGAGCAACUGUGGCCUGGAGGAGAAACUCGCCAGCUUGGGCAGCUGUAACGACACCAAGCUGGAGUUCGGGAGUUUCUGGGAGCUGAUCGGAGAAGCAGCCAAGAGUGUGAAGAUGGAGAACCCGGUCAGGGGCAGCUGAGAUUUCGGGCAUCCGGGGGACA